CUGCUGGAAAAUUUAUCCACGCUAUUAGCAGUAACAUGCAUAUCUUGAAACCUUGAGGAGCCACUAGCAGUAUCCAAACUAUUUGUAUCUGAUAAGAAACAUUAAAUGUUACCAUCUAUAUGUGUGCUAUCCUCAUUGCCCACUACGUAAUCAGGAUCACUAUCACUACUAUUUGCAUAUGGAUCACUCUCACUACUCGAAAACUCUACAUUACUCAUGGAUGAUUUGUUAAUCAUACUAUUCAUAUAUUUGCUCACCUAACACAACACCUCAAAACAAAAUUUUUAAGGUUAGAUUCUCUUCGCCGUUGGGAGAAAAAAUCGGCAAUGUGAGUAACAAUUGGACCUUUUGGAUCAGAUUCAUAUAUUUAUCUGAAUCGUUGCCAACUAAUCCCAUAGUCCACAAUUGUCGAGGAUGGAAAGGAUAUUUAGUAUAUAUUUUAUUUAAAGUCUGAGCUGCCUGGAAUUUCGAAGAGCCGUAGCAGUUCCGUAUAUGAAAAUAACCGCCUGCAGCAAGCGUAAUACUAAAGCUCAGUUUUGGGUACAAGAUACGAUGGCUUGAAGCGCCUCCUUAAUUUGCGUAAUGAGCAACGACGCUGCCAACAAAAAAACUGCAAGACUACAUCUUAAGUCGUACUGUGCGCAAUGUAACGUCACUCUUUGGGCAAAAUGUAUUGUUCCAUACCAUACUAAAUGAUGUAAUACAUAAAUAAUUAUAACAAUAAAUAUAAUUUACAAUCAAUUAUUUGUACGUAUUACUCUACCAAUGUAAAAAUAAUGAAUUUGAUAUAAUAGGCAAAUAUUUUUAGCAUGGAUCUUGGAAGUUCCCAGUGAUCUAUAUUGUGUAGAUCACCCCAUAUGGCCUAUACCUAACCAGAGUUUUUUUAAUUUUUUUUCUAGCUAUAGGGAUGUAAUUUAAUUCAAUUUCCAAAGAUUUUUCUCGAUUUUCGAAAAAAAAAUCUUUGGGCUGUAGUGGGGUAAGAAGGUGCUACGUAAUCAGUUUGUCCUCCGACUGCGGAACCAAGCAAUGCAAAGUCGUCUAUUGGAACAUAAGGAUUUAAGAUGCGAGCGCCUUCCGGGAUAGGACCUUGUCAAUAAUGCUGGAUAAAAAGUUAACGUUUCGCCCACUUUCAUUAAAGGCGCGUAUCCACUGGCAUUACAUUUGUAGCAACAUUUGUAAACGUUUGCGAAUAUUGUUAAACAGCCUUGCAAAACGAAGUACCCACCGAUCAGAACAUGUUGUUUGAAAUUGUUCACAAAGCAGUUUUGAGAGCGUUUGUCGCGUAUCCAGGUUUUUUUAUUUUGAGGAAAACCGAGAAUAGAAAAAUUGUAAAAAUGGCCCCGUUAAGUAGACAGAAACUUGCCGCCUGUGCUGCAUUAGUAUUUUGUGCACUAAUAGAAAAAGAAAAGAAGAAAAAAAGAAGGAAACAUGGAUUUUGGGUGUCUCAUUUGAUUUCUGAUAUCAAAAGUGACAGGAGUAGCUUAUUCAAAAAUUUUACUUGAGUUUCGCCAAGAGAUUUUGAUUUUCUGCUCUCAAGAAUUUCUCCAGAAAUAUCUAAAAUUGACACGAACUACCGAGAGUGCGUCUUUGCCGAAAUUAGACUGGCCAUCACACUUCGCUUUCUAGCGACAGGAGAUUCCUAUGUCAGUCUUAUGUACCUCUUCAGAGUUUCGAAGCAGCUCAUUUCUAGAAUAAUUCCUGAAGUAUGUGCCGCCAUCAUGAAAGCAUUAGCGAGCUAUGUAAGGAUGCCAGAAACCGAAGCGGAAUGGUUGCAGACAUGCGAAGAAUUUGAAACGUUAUGGAAUUUUCCACAAUGCAUUGGCUCGAUUGUUGGGAAGCAUGUAGUUUUACAGUGCCCUAAAAAAACCGGAAGUGACUUUUUUAAUUAUAAGUCGUUUUUCAGCAUCGUUCUCUUUGCCCUAGUUGAUGCUAAUUAUAAUUUUCUAUAUGUUGGUGUUCAAGGAAGAAUCUCAGACGGAGGAAUUUUUAAAAACACAGAGUUGUAUGAACGUCUUCAAAAUAAUGCUUUAAAUUUGCCAUUACCAAAACCGUUGCCUGGUCGCGAGAAAGCUAUUCCCUACGUAAUUUUAGGAGACGAAGCGUUUGCCCUGGCUGAUAAUUUAAUGAAACCUUAUUCAGGAAUUUAUGAAAAAGGUUCAAUACAAAGAAUUUUCAAUUACAGGUUGAGUCGAGCACGCCGAGUAGUGGAAAAUGCUUUUGGUAUCCUAGCAUCUGUCUUUAGAGUUUUAAGAAAACCAAUGCUUCUAGAGCCACAUAAAGCAGAAUUAGUUGUGAUGACUUGUAUAUAUUUGCACAACUUCUUACGCAAAAGUAAGUCUUCAGCAAAUAUUUAUUGUGCACAAGGAGCCCUGGAUAGUGAAGUAGAAGGGAAAGUUAUUCCUGGUGCUUGGAGAAAUGAUACUGAAAUGUUGUCCCUGAUUAAUAUUAAAAAAGUUCCUCGAAAGUCUGCAAAAAUUCCUCAGGAAAUUCGUGAAGAAUUUGCAGCAUAUUUUUCCAGCAAUGGAGCUAUUCCAUGGCAAAAUGAACAUGCUUAGCUAAACGUACAGUGUUAGUGUUUUUGUAAAGAAUGAGUUUUCGCUUGUAAAAUUAGAGUAAAAUAAAAAAUAUUUCUCACCUCUGAAUCUUCUAUUUGGGAAUGAAUCAUCUUU